CGGGGCCCUUACACUCCUCGCAACUGUAUAUCAACCGUUGCCACCACUGGGGAAACAUCCUUAUCCAUGUUAAAAUGUCUGGAGACAACGUGGAAGACCAAGUUAAUCAUGCAUCUAACAGCAAAGGCAUCUCUCUUCCAAUGACUCGCGUGAAACUGAUCAUGAAAAGUUCUCCCGACGUCUCAAGCAUCAACCAAGAGGCUCUUCUCCUCACCACCAAAGCAACAGUAAGUUGAGUCCAGUUUACUGACGUAGCUAUGCUAACUAGCUAAUGCUAUAUUAGCUACCUUUACUUAGUUAAUAGCUAGGCCUGCUAGCUAGCUAGUUUUGCAGUAAGGCUUUUGCAUAUACAGGCAGUACUAGCUAGCUACUUCCAUUAGUUCAAGCUCGUGAAGAAGGUAGCUAGCUAGCUAGCUAACCCUGAAUGGCUGUAACAGUUAGCUAGCUAGCCCUGCACUGACAUGGCUGUAGCCUCAACCAAAAUAGGAUGUAAACCCUAAUGUCUGAAUGUCUUUGCCUCGGCUUACUUUACAUCCAUCAGAGCCUUGUAAAUAGAAUACUCUGGUCUCCAUUGUUACUGUUAAUAAAUGGGAACUGUCCCAUGUAAUAACAAUUUAAUUCAUAACGCUCAUCUCUUCUAGGAACUGUUCGUUCAGCACUUGGCUCUGUCCUCGUUCAACAAUGGAUCAGGGAAAGACAAUAAGACACUCCUCUACAGUGAUCUGGCCAAUACUGUUGAGGAGACUGAGACUUUUCAGUUUCUCACAGGUAAAAACUAUUGUCGCCACCACCACCAGUGACUUUCAUUAUCUUCUCUUUGAGCAUACAGUAUAGUCAAUAUUGACUACCUGUUCAUUAUACUGUUGCAGAUAUCCUACCAAAGAAGAUCUUCGCUCGGGAUUACCUGAAGCUCAUAGAGGAAAAUCCAAUUGAGGAAGCAGACAAUUGAAAAGACAUGCAACCCUUACAGCAAUAGUGGUUGCUAGCAUGUAGUCUGUUGAAGCGUUUUUCUCCAGCUCAUUCCUGAAUUAGACCACAUCCAUACUACUUCCAGGCGAUGGCAUUGUGUAGGCCUACAUCUUCUCUGAGAUGUACUAGAGUAUAUUAUGUUUACUACCAUUAGUUGCCCAGUCAUCCAGAUGCUGGGCAUCCAGUUUAGGGUCAGAAAGAAUCAGUAUGUGAAUUGACUACAGAUAAAGCAUUAAAAUCAUAUGUUGACCAUGAUACCAACCCCAUAUUCCCCCCCACAGCAAUCACCUGCUGCCGAAGAGAAACGUCUGUGCUCCCCCUGGUUUUGUUAUCAAUCGGUGCAAAUAGUGCAGGCUUUCAUUUGUUUUGGGCAUUAUUUUUCUACACAAGAUCUUGAAGCAAAGGGUGAACAAAUCAGGUGCUUAAAAAAUAUAUAUAUAUAUAUUCCAUACAAGCGAUGCAGUUCUCAGGUCAAAGCAAAUUGACUCAUUGGUUGUGUCCUUUUUAUAAAGAGGAACCCCUAUGCACGGUCUUUGCUAAUGCUGACUAUCUACUUGAUAUUUGACUUUUGUAUGAUAUACCUUUCAUUCAUGAACAAUGUUAACUAAUCUGUAGAGAUAUAGAUAUGCAAACCGAUUCCUUUUAGCUAUGUGACUUGAGUAUAAAAUACACAACUUUUGCUGUGUUUAGUGUGAUCUAUAUUACUCAGUCAAAACCAUAGGUAGUUUCAGUACUGGGUGGUUACAGGCAGCACCAAUUUAAUAAUGAAAAUCUCAUUUCAUUUUUUAGUAACGGCUCCUCUCAGAUUGUGAUGAAUUUACAUGAGGAUCGGCACUGCCACAUGUAGGUUUUCAUGUGAAGACUUUGGACUUAAAUAAAACAUUCAUCACACAGACUUAAUGCUACAUUUAUUAAAUCAAAGUCUAAAUAUGCUACUGUGUGUUUGUGCGGUUGAACUACGAAGCAGGCUACUGUAACUGCUAGCAUGUACUGUCUCAAGAAUGGAAAGAAUGCACUGAACUUGUGCACUAACCG